ACCUGUAUUCUUUAUUGUUAGAAUUCGAUUUUUCUUUAUUCAGAAUUGGGAAGAUAUUGCACCAAUAAGGCAUGCAAUGGAAAUCAAAAGUGGCGACAGAAUCUUCACGAUUGCAUCAUGUGGUGCCAAUGCUAUGACUCUUCUCCUAGACGACCCUGCUGAUGUUGUGGCCCUUGAUUUAUCAAUUCCACAGCUGCAUUUGGCAAAGUUACAGGCAGCUUGCAUCAAACAUCUGACGCACCAAGAAUUUAUUGACUUUGCUGGGGUUGACAGAGAAAAUGUGAAACCAGAGGAACGUGUCCGAAUAUAUAAAGAAAUCAGGAAAGCACUGGCACCAGAUGUAAGAGAAUUUUGGGACUCAAUGAAAUCUGAAAUAGAGUUUGGCGUUAUACACUGUGGAACAUUUGAUACAAUUUUUAGAAAUGCAGCCGAGGAUAUGGUUUAUGUUGCACUUGAUAAACGUGAUAUCAAAACAUUCCUGGGAAUGGGCGAUGAUAUUGAGGAACAGGCCAACUUCUUUGAAGAAGUGAUUAACACAAAACACUGGAGAAAAGCAAUGUAUAGGAGGGCCUACAAUCAGUUGAAGGAUUUCGAUAAUUCCAUCAUACCAGAUGUGGAUUAUGGAACAUUAUUCUACCGAAGAAUGGUAGACAUUUAUAAGUCCAUUCCCAUGAAAGAAAAUCAUUUUGCUGAAUACUUUUUCACUGGCGGAUACUCUGGGAAAUACAAGCUCAGAGAAUAUCUCCAAGAGGAGAACUUUGCAACACUAAAAGAUCGCAUUGGUCGUAUGCAGUGGGUCCAUGGAGAACUCACCGAUUGGCUUGCCAAGUACCCAAGCACUCAACAACCAAAGUUUGAUGGAAUCUGUGUAUCCAACAUAGCAGAUUGGUUGUCCCUAGCCAACCACAAUGCAGCAAUUGAAUCAGCUGCUAAAAUCAGCAAUCCAGGUGGAAGAAUAGUGUUUUGGAAUUUGAAAGGAAUGCCCAAAUACUGGCCAAGUGAAAUGAUUAAUAAGACAAUUAAGGUUGAACAUGAAUUAGAAGCGUCUGCAACACUACUGGACCGUUCACCCAUUUGGGAGCCGCUCAGGGUGGCCACAGUAUUAUAAACAUGUUUGGAAUUAAUGUACACUUUCUAUUACAAGUAGCAAUUGACUACAUUGUACUUGGUAUAACAAGAAUUACCGUCGCCUAUUAUAUCUCUACAUGUCUUAUCAUACAAUUUACAUCCUUAACAGUUGAACCUUUUGUAAACUUUUGACAUUCACAUAUGAUAUAGACAGCAUUUCUUAGGUGAUAUGGUUUAAGUAUCAUACGGUGAAACUUCGAGUGGAACACUUCUAGAAGUAUAAGACCUCUGGAAUAUAUUUUAUAGGUACCACGGACGUUCCACUUAGACAGGUUUAACUGCAUAAUCAUGUUUGCUCAAUCUGAUGUCAAUAGCAGCUAUUUUAAAUGUUGGAAGAUGUUAAUUACAAGGUAUAAUCUCGGGAUGAUUUUAUCAUUGAGGUCUUGAAAAUAUGACUGAUCGCUCUCAUAUUCAUUUUAUUUGGCAUAUGAUUUAAUCGAUAUAGAUAAUCUAUAUAUGCUUUGCAUUUCUCUCGA